GACUGGAAUUGUAUCAAAAUACUAACUCGGGAAAGAAGGCAAUUCCAAAUGACUCAGGUCCUUUUAAUGCUGAUGAAUAUGAGGAGAUUGGACCUUGUUCAGUAACAUGUGGUAUUGGAAUGAGAGAGAUCUUGCUGAUCAAAGGAUGUCCAGGCAACGAGAAAAUGUGUGUUAUACGGGUUGAAGAAUGCAGAGGACCUGUGAGAUGUGGUUGGGGCAAACCUGUGUACAUAUCUGAUGAUGUGGUAGAGCUUCAGUGCAUUUUCACAAAUCCGUCAAAGAAGUAUGACUUUGUCUGGAAGUUGAUAGCUACAGAUCAGGAGCCGAUUAUUCUUACGGAAGAUCAACCCACCAUCCAUGUUGAAAAGGAAGACCAGCCAGUAGCUUACCAGUGUGACACGCUACUUGAAGAUGAGAUUGUGGCAUCUAUAAAGUACUCAGUAUAUACUAAUACUGGUCCUUUACUCAGAGGAACAGCAUGCACCAGAGGAGGUGCCAUCAUGUGCUGCAUCAUUUCCAUGCACCAUCAUACAGACUGACAUCCUUUUCUG